AUGAAAUUCUCUUUUGCUGCUCUACUGUUCACCCUUGUGGUUUUCAUUGGAGGAUGUGUAUCUGCACCAGUUGACUGUAAUCAACCUUCAGUCGGAUAUCCAUCUCCAGUAGGAUAUCCAUCUCAACCUUCAGUCGGAUAUCCAUCUCAACCUCAAGUCGCAUAUCCAUCUCCAGUAGGAUACUCAUCUCAACCUCAAGUGGCUUAUCCAUCUCAACCUCAAGCCAAUUGUGGAUCUGUAUCUGCACCAGUUGAUUGUAAUCAACCUUCAGUCGGAUAUCCAUCUCCAGUAGGAUAUCCACCUCAACCUUCAGUCGGAUAUCCACCUCAAUCUCCAGUCGGAUAUCCAUCUCAACCUCAAGUCGCAUAUCCGUCUCCAGCAGGAUACCCAUCUCAACCUCAAGUCGCAUAUCCAUCCCAACCUCAAGCUAAUUGUGACAAACCUUAUUAG